AUGCAGUCAUUCACACCCCUCACCACCGAAAACAAACCCUCCACCUCCCUCCACCAAAGAAGCAAAUACCCCCCCGCCAGCACCUCCACCUCCUCCCCGCUCAGCAACACCGCAAGCCCAAUGUCCGUCCUCCAGCCCUCCCACAACACCACCGCCUCCCCAGCAGACUGUCGAACCUCCUUCCUCUCCAUCAUCACCCCCGCCCUCCGAUUCUCCUUCGACCUCGCCUACACCACCCAACUCCUCUUCACCAUCGCCCUCUCCUUCCUCCUCGCCCACGGCCUGUAUGCCACAAAGGUCCUCGCCGUGAAUGCCUACCACGCCUCGCGGAUCUUCCUCAUCAACGCCUGGCAUACCCUCGUCUUCGUGGCUAUCAACCUCUUCUUCGCCUCGAGGGUGGUGGGGAUCAAGACGCUGCAGGCGCUGGGCGUGGCGACGGUGUUUAGCUUGCGGAGUGGGAGUGCGGUGUCGGGGCAUGGGUGGGUGGCUGCGAGUACGGCGCUGAAGAUGGCGUGGAAGAAGACGGAGAGGGCGAGGGCGAGGAUGUUUUUUGAGUUUAUGGUUUGGUUGCUGCAUCCGUCACCGUUGGUGUUGUUUAUUUUUUGGCCGGGGUGGAUUUUUGUGUUUAUGGGGAUGGGGUAUUAUUAUUACUGCUGA